GAGUCACGUGUACAUAUCUACUCGAGUUCCUCUUCUCGCUGUGGUGGCUGUUUGCGAUCUAAUCAGGAUAUAAGUAAUAUAUUUUUAACUCAGUCAAAGAAUGAGCGAUAACGAUGACAUUGAGGUGGACAGUGAUGAAGAGUCAUCGAGAUUUCUCCCAGUGGCAGACAAGCGGGCACACCACAAUGCACUGGAGCGCAAACGCAGGGACCACAUCAAAGACAGCUUCCACAGUUUACGUGACUCUGUGCCUUCCUUACAAGGAGAGAAGCACUCUGUCAAACAGGCUUCCCGAGCUCAGAUUCUAGACAAAGCCACAGAGUACAUCCAGUACAUGCGCCGGAAGAAUCACACGCACCAGCAGGACAUUGAUGACCUAAAGAAACAGAAUGCUCUGCUGGAGCAGCAGGUCCGUGCUUUGGAAAAAGCCAGAGGGAACAUCCAGCUCCAGAGCAGCUACUCCUCGGACAGCAGCUUGUACACCAACCCCAAGGGCAGCGCUGUGUCGGCCUUCGACGGUGGCUCCGACUCCAGCUCUGAAUCAGAGCCCGAGGAACCCCCAACCAGGAAGAAACUUCGUGUGGAGCCCAGCUAGAUGCUCCACCAGGCACCUUUGCACCUGGGAAUGCCUCGGUUCAGACUCUUUCCUCAAUGGGCUCCCCAUCUUCGUGUCCUCCCACAACCCAAUCAUCCCCCCCUCCCCCCUCGGGUGUUCAGAAAGUGUGGGAGGAUCCUAAGGAAGGCUUCAAAGUUUCUACCUUUUUCUCUCUCCACGCUGAUGCCACUCUGCACUCACAAGACCAGCCACGUUUUUCAGUGACACGUGGCAGCUCAACAGUGUCGGACUGAGGUGUUUUGUAACCUCUUCUGUAGUCAUGCACAAAUUAUAUCAAGCUACAAAGCAGCCCUGUAUUGUUUCCUUAAUAGCCUAUUUGGUGAUGCGUGGAGGAGAAACAUAAUUAAAAAUAGUUUAACUUGGACUUAGGUUAACUUUGUACAAAAAUAAUGGUGCUUUACAAAAAAAAAGAAUAUAAGGUGCAGUCCACCUCACUGGUAUGAAGUCUGAUGUCCCCCUACUUUUUGAAAUGUUUGUUGCAAAUUUUAUUUAAUGUAACAUUGAUUCUGUAUCCUGAUAAUGUGUAGUGUGUCAUUUUUCCUGAGACUGAGUGGAAUUAGAUGGCCUAUUGCUCUUAUGGAUCCUUACCUCAUAGGUCUGGAACUUUUGAUGUUUUUAUUUGGUUUGCCAGAAGAGGACUUUUAAAACAGGUAAUAUUCCCUACAGGAACUUGAAUGUUAGUUACACAAGUACACAGGGUCAUUUUUGUCGUUUUAAUCAGCAGGUAAGUAUGUCCAUUUCAGUAUGUAGUACAUGGCACUGUAUAUUCCUUAAUGUAAUAAUCUUCAUAGAUUAACCUUCCCAUGAAAUCUUGCCUGCGAGGGGAAUGUUUCUCUUUUCAGUUGUUUCAUAAGAAAGUGUGAUGAAUAGGUAUUCCUUUUAAUUCAUUCCAUGCAAAUACAGGUAUAUUGUACAUACUGCCAACUGUCUUGCAAGUUAAGGUAUACCCUUACUACAAGACCUCAAAUAAAACUAUUUUAUCAUUAUCCUCAUCAGCUGUGAUUGUGCUGGUAGGGUUUAUUUGCAGAGUAGUUCCAUACCGUUAAAGGUAUGAUACCAUUACGUUGUUGCAUGCUAUUUAGAUGGCACAUUGCGUUAUCAUAAAUCUGUACUUUAUAUUGUCACUGUUCAAAUAAUUGAUUUAACAAUUUGAUUUUACAAAGUAGUUUGAUUUUAUGAAUAUGGUUUCCUGUCAAUACCUUUUGUUUCUCAUUAUGAGUGGGACAGAUUUGGUCAAUUAUAAAUCAGGCUGUAAUGUUCAAAUAUUAACUACUUAAGAUUGUGGGUUUCAUUAAAAGUGAUACUUGCCUUUUUA